AUGAUAAAACCUAAGAAAUUGGUUAUUCGACGUUCAAGCGAUUUUGCAGGCGGUGGUUUUGGUUUUACAAUUCGUCAUUUUGUUAUUUAUCCACCAUCAGUCUCUGUCAAUGAUAUUUUACGGUUUUUUUCUCCCAAUCAAUCAAUAGCAAAUCUCGAUACAAAAAAAAAACUCUUUUUUAGAUCUAAAAAAUCGAUUAAACGAGCUUCGUACAGUGUGGUGAUCGAUGAACAUCAGCAAAAGCAAUUGGAAGGAAGUAGUGGUGGUGGAGGAGGAGGAGGUACUACAAAUACUACUGGUACAACAUCGUCAAUAGUUUCUCCAAGUAUUUUAUCAACAUCAUCAUCAUCGGGUAGUCGUAUCCAUCAUCAAGGAGAACAACAAGGAUCUUCAUCAUUAUCAUCUUCUUCUUCUUCUCCGAUGAAAACUGUCGGAACCGAUAAUAUCCAAGAUGAUGGAACAACAGUGUCAACUAAUCCCAAUCCAAAUCUUCAAUCAAUGGAUACAAUCUUUGUCAAAGAAGUUCGACAAGAUGGUCCAGCUUAUGCUGCUGGUCUAAGACAAGGUGAUCAAAUUUUAACUGUCAAUGAUCAAUCAAUAAAUGGAAAGACUUAUUCGCAAGUUAUUGCCUUGAUUCAGAAUAUUCCUACAGAACUUAUUCUUAAUAUAAUACCAAAAGAAGAUGACACUCGUACAAUUGUUAAUUCAUCAGAAAAUCUUUAUCAAAAUCUUAAUUCUUCCCGAUUGAAAUCACUUCAAUAUUCACGUUCAUCACCAUAUCAAUCAGCACCAAUUAUGGCAACAAAUAAUACAAUUGAACAGAAAUUACGAAAUCUACAAAUCAAUUUAGCUCAAGGUCGAACAGCAGAAGAACUUGCUCAUGUUGGAAUUUAUUUUCCUCCGCCAACUUCAACAUCAGCACCAUCUUCAUCACAACAACAAAAUGCUUUUUCAAAUUAUAUCGAUUCAGUUCAUCGAGCUUUAGAUUCAUCAAAACAACAACAACAACAAUCACAACCACCUCCACCGCCGCCACCACCACCAUCACAACAACAACAACAACAACAAUCAACAUCUCAAAAUAAAGGAGAUUCUUCGAAUCUUUAUUAUGAAUCACCUUAUCAUAAUGAUUAUAUUCCACAUGAUUAUAAACGACAACCAUCAUUUCAAAUCAAUUUCAAUCAACCAAAUGAGCAAAGAAAUUAUUUAACUAAUAUUAUUCGACCACCAGUUCCUCCACGACAAAAUAUUCCAGUAUUAAAUCCAUAUGUAAAUACUCCAUCGAAUCGUUAUGAUGAUUGGUCUCGUCCAACACAUUUUUCAUCACCUGUUUCAACUUCAUUAAUUGAAUCUCAUGAAGAAUUAAAAUCUCCAUCAACAGAUUCAGCCACUACGGAAACUCGAUCUCAAAUUGCAUCGAAUGAAAAAUCUCCAUUAAAUGACAAUGACAUGAAAACAGAGUUUGUUAAUUUUCGUAAGAAACAAUUCGAAACAGGUCAUGUUGAAAAUAUCGUUCGUGAUCCUCAACGUGAAUCGAAAACAAAAAAAUAUUCUGAAAAGAAAAAAUAUGAAAAUGAAUGGAAUCGUCUUACUGCUGUAGCUGACGUCGAAUCUGUUAUGGAACGUGCAUCGCAUUUUGAAGAUAUUGAUCCAGAUAAAUUUGCACGAUUAAAAUCAAAACUUCCAACAUCUCCACCAGCACAUGAUAAUCUCAAUUUACAAGAUAAUUUUCAUUAUGAUUUCAAUCCAAAUUACCUUUAUGAUUCACAAAAUCAAUAUAAACUAUUGAAACCAACAGCACGACAAUCAUCGAUUGAAUUGUCAUCUUCAUUACCUAUUCCAAGAGUCGGUGAAUUAAAUAGUAUUGAGUUUAAUUUUGAUCCUCGUUAUAUGAUUCAACCAGUUCGAUCCAAUCAAUCUCAAUCAACAUCAUCCUCACACUUUAAUCCAUUACCAUCAUCUGAAAGUUCACGAUAUUCAUUGGAAAAUUAUUCAAAUCUGCCAUCAACAUCUCGAACGGGAAUGAAUUUAAUUCGUCAACAAUCUUAUAUCACUGCUGUUCGAUCAGCAAAUCAACAUGAACAACCAGAUUUCGUAACACAAUUUGGAAGUCCACCAACAUCCGAACAAGAAAUGAAACAACGUCCUCAAUCUUACAUCUUAAGUACUGAUCAACAUUUAUCUUCAACUCGUAGUGGAUAUAUACCAACAAAUUUCAAUAAUCAACCGAUGACAAGAUCUACAAAUACAUAUGACAUUCUACCAGAUCAAAAACUAAGAAAUUCUUCUCAACAUCAGGCUCAAGCAAUUAAAAAAUUAAAACAUUUCUUUGGAGAAAAUGCACCACUAUCAACUGAAAUUGAUCAUCGUCCAUCAUUAUCUCAAUCUCCAUUAUCUCCUCCAUCAUCAUCAGGUGGAAGAUCAAAAUCUGAUUCAAUAUUCGAUGGUUCAACACUUGAAGGAACAACAAAUCCUCGUGAAUCAAUUCCAUUAACAACAUUAACCGAUAAUUUAGAAGCAACAAAAGAAGGAAUUCUCUAUUGUAAAACUGUAUUAAAAGAUGGACGACGUGCACCUGAUCGAUCAUGGCGUGGAGCAUGGGCAGUUCUUCGACGUGGUGCUCUAUUUCUCGGUAAAGAGAAAAAACAUGGUUUAUUAAUUCCACUUUCAUGUGAUUCAUUUCCAAUUAAUCUUCAAAAUGCUGAUGUGGAAUUAGCAAGUGAUUAUAUUAAAAAACCACGUGUUUUCAAAGUAACAACAUCGAAUCAAAGUGAAUUUUUAUUUCAAGCACCAGAUAUUCAAUCAUUGAAUGAAUGGUUAGAUGUUAUUAACGAUAAUUGUUUACAAUCUGAUUCAUUACAAGAUAAUAAUGAGAUGAAAGAUGAAACGAAAUCAAAAUUAGCUUUAUUACCACCUAUGGUACCGUCAACACAUCAUGAACAAGAAAGUCUUGAACAACGUAAAUCCAAUACAAAAUCUAAAAUCUCUCUUCGAAGUCCAUCAUUAAAACGUUCUCCAAGUCUUCGUUUCCAAAUGAGUAGUUUAUGUGUUGAAUCAAGUCGAUUAGAGAAUCAUUGUGAUCGUUUAGUUGAAUUGAAAAGACUUGUUGUUCAAUUAGAUGAUUAUCGAUUUGAAACAUUGAAAUAUUUAUGUGCACAUUUUCGAAGAAUUUCAUCAAAAUGUGAUAUUAACAAAAUCGAUGCAAGAAAUUUAGCAAUUAUAUUUGGUCCGACACUAAUCUGGGAUUCCAAAGCUUCUCUACAAUCAAAUCUUGUUGAUAAUCCUGAAAAAAUUCGAAUUGUUGAAUCGUUUAUUUUAUAUUACGAAUGGUUUUUUGAUGAUAAUUCUUAUGAGAAAAUUCCUGUAGAAAUCAAUCCUCAAAUGCCACGUUUACCUCCAAUAAAAAAUCAUCCACCAGUUGAUCCUGAAACUUUAAUUACAAAUGAAACAAAACCAAGUGAAAUUAUUCAAAAUAUUGUUCGUGCAGCUAAACGACGUUGGUCAUCACCGAUUCUUCUUGAAAAUCUUUCUUCAUUAACUACAACAAAUUCUCCAACAACUACAAAUAAUGAUCAACAACCAUCUAAACCAAUAAAUAUUUCUGUCAAAAGAAAUCCAUUUCAUCGAUGUUAUUCAUCUGAUAUGUUAAGCAGAAAUGCAGAUGACGAUUAUGUCAAUCUUCGAUCAAAAUCAACAGAUUCAGCACUUUAUUCUAUGUCAGAUAAAAGUUGUCGAAUAUUUAAACAAUUUUAUCAAAAUAUUCUUUUCACCAAAUGCAAAACUUCAAUGAAUCAAAAUUUUUCCACACCAUGUCUUUUAGUUCAUGAAAAUGAAAAAAGUUUUUCGGAGAAAACUUCAUUAUUAAAAUCCAAAUUAAAUCAACGUGAACAAAUUCUUGGAAGAUAUCAUGAACAAAUUCAACAAAUCAAUCAUCAUCUCCAAAUCGAAAAAAAAAUAGAACAAUCUGCGGAUCGUACAAGAAUACAAUCACUAAUCAGUGAAAUUAAACUUUCUACACAAGAAUAUGAAUCAUUGGUUAGUAAACGUUCGAUGUACGAAGCAAGUGAAAUGAUGUAUGGUGGUACUGAUCGUGAUGAUGACUUACGAACGAAAUUAACAUCGAUUAAUACGCAAUCCAAAAAAAUGUUAAAUACAAUCAAAGUGAAUCUGAAAAUGCUUAUGGACUACGAAGAUGAAUACAAUUGUAUCCAUAAUACGACGAACAAAUUUAAAAUUAUCGGUUUGGCAAGCGAUACAUCUUUUGCUAAUAUUCGUCGCACAGUUGAAAAACUGAGUGGAGUCAAAUCGGUUCAGGUCUCAUUGGUUGAAAAAGAAUUUUAUGUUAAAUACGAUAAAGACAAAACAAACACAACAGCGAUUCGUGAUGCAAUCAACAGCAUUGAAAACUAUCAAGCACAACUGAUGGAAUGA